CCUACCGGAAGCGGGCCUUUCUGAGCUGAGGGCUAUUUCCGGCGCCGCUGCGGCCGCUCUUCCUCUCCUUCUUCUUCUGGGAGCGAGCGAGGGAGGGAGGCGAGUCUCCUCAGGCGGCUGGCCGGGCCUCUUCCGCCUCCUCCGCGGGAUGUAGCUGCAACGGUCGUCCGGUAAGCGAGAGGCCGGGCGGGGGGGGGGGAGCCGGGCGGGGUGGGGUGGGGGGAGCCGGGCGGGCGGGGGGAGGCCUCGGAGAAGCUGCCGGCUUCGGCUUCUGAGAGAAAGAGCCAUAUACUAUCCAUAGCCCAGGAUACGUCGCAGUAUAUGCAGCUAUGUCCGAAGGGAGCAGCUCGCCUGAGUGCGGGGUCCUGUCAGCAACAGGUAGGCGCCCACCUAGGGCUGUUGGAGACAGGCUUCCCAAGGGCAGUGUUCUGCGGAGAAGGCUUCUUCCAGUUUUAUUAUAUAUGAUAUUUUAUAUAUUCAUAUAUAUGUAUAUAUAUACAAAUAUACAUGUAUAUGAAUACAUAUAUAUGUAUAUAUAUACAUAUAUAUGUGUAUAUAUACAUAUAUAUGAAUAUAUAAAAUAUAUACAUAUAUAUAUAUAUAUAUAUAUAUACACACACACACACACACAUAUACAUAUAUGUGUGUGUGUGUGUGUGUGUGUGUAUGUGUGUGUGUAUAUAUAUAUAUAUAUAUAUAUACACACACACAUAUAUAUACAGUGGUACCUCGGGUUACAGACGCUUCAGGUUACAGACUCUGCUAAUCCAGAAAUAGUGCUUCAGGUUAAGAACUUGGCUUCAGGAUGAGAACAGAAAUCGUGCUCCAGCGGCGCGGCAGCAGCAGGAGGCCCCAUUAGCUAAAGUGGUGCUUCAGAUUAAGAACAGUUUCAGUUUAAGAACGGACCUCCAGAACGAAUUAAGCAUGUAACCAGAGGUACCACUGUAUUUAUUUCCCCUGAUUUAAACUAUAAAAUGUUGAUUUUCUUGAGACAAAAUGAGAGUACUCCUAAACGUUUUUUUUUAGAAAAAAAGUGCUGUGUACACACACACACACACACACACACACACAUAUAGAUGAUGCAAUAUCUGGGGGCACAACAUUGGCUACCCCUGCUUCAGCCAAAUGUAAUUUGUAAGUUUAGAUCAUUACUAUUACUAUAAUUCGUUUCCCAGUUCCGUUAGUGAUGACACUACUAGGGUUGCCAUAGUUCAAAAUCUAUGUGAACUGCCCUGAGACCUCCAGGUAUAGGGCGGGAUAUAAAUAAAUUCAAUAAAUAAAUAAACACACACAUAUAAAUAUACAUAUAUCUAUAUCUUCAUGCAACACAUAAUGGACCCUGGUCACCCGGCACAAAGCAAGAUGCAGUCACGGUGUGUACGAGGCAGAAAAUAUUAGUGGCCAAUAAAGGAGUGCGUGAGGAGCUCCUGGGCUCCUCCGGGUGACAGCUAAUGAAAUAAAUAGCAAAACGAGCCAGCCUCAAAAGUAUCUUUUGUUUCUGAAGGGCUGUACUCUGUGGUUUUUUUAUUAUUAUUUUAAGCACUCUGUUUUAAGAGCAUGCUUGUUUUCUGCUGCUCCGGAGGGUAGGACUCGAACCAAUGGCUUCAAGUCUUAAGAAAGGAGAUUCUGACUAAACAUUCAGGAAAAACUUUCUGAUAGUAAGAGCUGUUUGGCAGUGGAACAGACUUCUGCAAGAGGUUGUGGACUCUCCUUCCUUGGAGGUUUUUAAGCAGAGGUUGGGUGGCCAUUUGUCAUGGAUGCUUUAGCUGAGAUAUCUGCAUUGCAGGGGGUUGGACUAAAUAACCUUUGGGGUCCCUUCCAACUUGAUAAGAUUUUAUGAUUCUAUCAGUCAAGUAGUUUUAUGUUGAUAAACUGCCCUGUGAUCUUCAGAUGUAGAGUGGUAUAUAAAUUUAAAAUUAUUAUUAUUAUUAUUAUUGCCCCAUAGACAGCAGCCUCUCUUCGCUCGCCUACGAAGAACGUUGCUCUUUGGCUAAGGGGUGUCACAGUCCACAGAUGCCCAUAUUUCCUUGCCUUUUGCUUUCUGUCUAGGUUUAAUCCUGGGGAUAAAGAGCUUAUAGUGGCAGAAACUGCUCCAGCCAGGAGUGGCUUGGCAUGCUUCUGACCUGCUGAGGCUGCUGUUGGGGGUAUUGUGAUCCCAACAGCUUUCUGUAUUCUUGUAAACUCCUAUUAAUUACCAAAGGGAAUGAUUUGAUUCCAAGUGUAAAUGCCCUCCAGUAACUCCACCCCCCUCACACAUCUUAUUUACAGUCUACAGGCCAGGCUCUUCUUUCCUUCUUAAGUUCUUAUGCAGUGCUAGAGGAAAAGAGGACUUGACAGUUCUACCUUUUGCUGCUGGCUACUCUGUCUUCCAGUGGCUUUGCAAGACUACACUUCAUAAUCCAGCAAGCCGUGUUACCAGUUGUUUUCUUUCGCAAGAGAGGCCGUUUUCUUUAAAGCUCUUCUGCGGAAAAGGAACCAGCUAUUAGCUGUGCUCUAAUAGCGUUUCCUGAAUCUGUCGCUGGAGAAGAGAAUGUUUUUCCUUAAAAGAGGCAUGCAGGGUUAUUCGGGGUCAGGAUUUGGCAAUCUCACUUGCCUCUCUCACGGCAGGAGCUCAAAUUCUUUCGGGUGACAUGAGUCUGUGCAGGAGGAGGAGGGAUAGCCCCUACCCCAAACAGAAGUGGAAGCCUGCUAUUUGUUUGAGCUUGUUGGCUGCAGGCAUUGAGCCAAAACUAACUCCUGGCUCCAGGCUGGAGGGAAAUGGAGCAAACGGCUUUACUCGUCUUUGGUGAUCAAGGCUGGUGUUCAGAGGCAAAACAUCCGCUUUGCGUACAGAAGAUUGCAGGUUCAGUCCCCAGAAGUCCUGGAGAGCUGUGGCCGGUCAAUGUAAGCCAGAGGUAGGCAACAUGGUGCCCUCCAAGCGUUGCUGGACUACAACUCCCAUCAUACCUGACCGUUAGCCGUGCUGAGUGGGGCUGAUGGGAGUUGUAGUCCAACAACACUGGGAGGGCACCAAGUUGGUGUAGGUUGGUCGAAUGGCUGGCAGAGAACGAGGUAGUUUACUACGUUGGAUCUCAAACUGUCCUGCAAUGGGAGGGUGAGCCCCACACACCUUGCAAGUUUCUCUUCAUCUUCAGAGUUGCAACCUUUCAGGGGCUGUAUGCCAGUGAUCUCAGUAUACUAAUACUUUUGUUUAGCAAAUAGAAAUUCUCUAAGAAUGCUCUGGUGAUCAAAAGAAGUUGCGUAAGAUGGUCCAUGCCGGCUCUAUGGUUAGAUUUUUAAUGAAGAACAAGCACACUUGAAGAUUACCUUGCGUUCCAUUAUUUCUUUUUCCAUUGUAAUGCACAGCCACAGGUGAACCUGCUUGUGUGUCUUCUACAAUUGUUCACACACUGAGACUCAACUGGCUUGGCCGGUGUGUGUCCUAAAAUAGGUAAAGGUAAAGGACCUCUGACCAUUAGGUCCAGUCGUGACCGACUCUGGGGUUGUGGCGCUCAUCUCGCUUUAUUGGCCAAAGGAGCCAGCGUACAGCUUCCGGGUCAUGUGGCCAGCAUGACUAAGCCACUUCUGGCGAACCAGAGCAGCGCACGGAAACGCCGUUUACCUUCCCGCCAGAGCAGUACCUAUUGAUCUACUUGCACUUUGACGUGCUUUUGAACUGCUAGGUUGGCAGGAGCAGGGACCAAGCAACGGGAGCUCACCCCGUCGCAGUCAUUCGAACUGCUGACCUUCUGAUCGGCAAGUCCUAGGCUCUGUGGUUUAACCCACAGCGCCACCCGAGUCUCUUGUGUGUCCUAAAAUAGACCCCCCCCCCAAAUCCUCUAUCAACAUGCCAGGAAUAUUUUGGCUGGCAACUGAUGUGGAAGGAUAUUCCUAAAUGAUGAAAAUUUAAAAGCUACUGUUGAGGAUUCUGGGAGUGCUUCUACGUGGCAGCUGUGGAAGUGACGUUGUGAGGUCGCUGGCUUUUUGUACAGAGUCCACACAACAUCCCAUCUCAAAAAUGCCACCCCGUAUCCUCCGCCUGCCCCAAUUUAAUCAGAGUCUACUCUUUCCAUAGAGUUGGUUGUUUUUUACUAUUUAGUCAGUUUUUCCUGUGGAAACAGUGAAUCCAGGCUUGCUGGGCUCUGCGUGAGCUGAGCGUUGCUCCUAGAACGCACUUUUGCUACCCCCACAGCAGUUGCGCCUCAGGAAGUGGAAGUUUGGUAAUGAUUGUGAGUGAGAUGCCUUUUGCAAGCAUCCAACGUAUUGUGGGAGGUGGUUUCAAAGGGCAAUAUUCCUUGAGUCUUAAGAAGGCCCCUCUUGUUCCUGCCACCGUUGCCAAGCUUAGCUGGGGAAUCUGUGGGCACUUCCAGACUGCCACUGUUUGGGGGUUGCAUAAUUAAAAUCUGGCUGCAUAAUUAAAAUCGGUUGAGAGGUCUUGUGCAACAAAGCUGUCUCCCCACUCCCACAAGAUAAGACUUCAUGCAAUAAGGAGAGUGCUGAGAAAAUGCCCCGGCCAGUGUGAGACAAUGUUAGGUUGAGAAGCAGUGACUGGCCCAAGGACAUCCAGUGAGCUUCAUGUCUGAGUGGGGAUUUGAACCCUGGUCUCCCAGGUCCCAGUCCAACAUGCGAACCACUACACUAAACUUACUCUUCAAAUGAAUGAUAAUUUCUGGUGUUAUGCAUCCAUAUAUGUUGUAAAUGUCAUUGUGAUCUGUGUUUUAAACUCCAUCCCCCCAUUUUGCGUAUAAGUACACUGCAUAUAUUAAGGGGGGACACGGGUGGUGCUGUGGGUUAAACCACAGAGCCUAGGACUUGCUGAUCAGAAGGUUGGCGGUUCGAUUCCCCGCAACGGGGUGAGCUCCCGUUGCUCGGUCCCUGCUCCUGCCAACCUAGUGUAGCACCCUCCUUGUGGUUAACGCUUAGCUGGAAUGAAAUAUUCAACGCAGCAAUAGAGAAAUUAAAAUAAUAAUUUAUUUGUCAGACAAAUAAAUGAGAGACACAGUGGUAUAUGGAUACCAAAGCUCUGCCCACUCCAGCCCUGAUGGCCAGCACUUAUAUUUCCUCAGCCCAGCCCCCUUGCUCCUCCUUUGGCUGCCUCUGUCCAAUCAGCCUGGUUGAAAUUCCUAUUGGCUGUUUGCUAGAACCAAUCAUAAAAGAUACACCCAUUUCCUAUUACCUUUUAUGGGAGACAAAGAGCUAUAUUUCCUUCUAUCCAUAAAUGGCAGACAAGUAGCCAUAUAUCUUACAUUUGCCUCAACCAGGCACCUUAAUUAUCAGAUCAUCUUUGCCCUAUUGCCCUGUUGCCCUAUUGCCCUAUUCACUCCAAAACAGAUGGCUAAUGGUUUUAAUUUUUAUCUUAAACAGAGAUCUUGGGUUCACCUUCUCACACACCAUCAAUGAAAUAAGAAUCUAACAUAAGAAUCUAACAUUUCUUACUUUCUAAAUCCUUUGCAUAAUUACAUUUAAGCCAAUAUAUUUCAUACAUAACAUAGAUAGAUUUUUAGAAGGAAAGGAACUUAGUAAAAACAGUUUCCAAAAGCAACCCCUUAAAUUUACACCCCCCUUUCAAGCCAGCUGCUGUUUCUAUUAGCUCUUGCCCUUUAACCUUAGGAAGAUGUGGCUCGAGUCUAAUGGGAGGCACAUGGUAUUACAAUAAAUUUUACUAUUUACCAACUCUUAAUUAGUGUUUUUGCAGCUUGAUUGUAUUCUGUAAUUUGUAGGGUCAAUGUAACCUUUGCUCCCAGCCUGUAUUUCCCUUUUACAACUUUGAGAAACGUGUCUCCUGUUAUAAAUCGGGGGAGGGGGGCUGUUCAAGGAGAUAAACAUCUGCCAAAGUACUUAGCCAGCUGCUUUAUGCCUGGCAUGAGACAUACAAACAUUUGCAAAUAUAUUUUUUUAAGCUCAUUUUAAAAUGCAGGCCUUGAUCUGAUGCCUCACUAGCAGUUCGAAAGCAUGUCAAAGUGCAAGUAGAUAAAUAGGUACCACUCCGGCGGGAAGGUAAACGGCGUUUCCGUGCGCUGCUCUAGUUCGUCAGAAGUGGCUUAGUCAUGCUGGCCACAUAACCCAGAAGCUGUCUGCGGACAAACGCCGGCUCUCUCGGCCUAUAGAGCUAGAUGAGCGCGUCAGAGUCGGUCACGACUGGACCUAAUGGUCAGGGGUCCUUUUACCUUUACCUUUACACUGCUUAUAUACAUCACUAUAUAUAAAAUGAUUAUUAAUAAUGAUAAUUCAUGGACAUGUAUUGCAUAUACAUGUUUAUGAUGCAUAAAUUUUGCACUCGUGACAUUGGGUGUUGGCACAAUGUUGUUUAAAACAGCUAACACCUGUUAUAGUAAAAGGUGAGAUGAGAAAGAGAGAGAAAAGCCUGGAUCAAAACAUUAUCUGUAAGCUUCCCAAAGUUUACCCAAAGGGUAAUUAUUUGGACUGCUGGAAUAAUGAAACUGCAGGGUGAGAAAUGGUAAGGAAAUGAUAGAAAUAGGAAGGAAGGGAGUUUUGCAAAUGAGCAGAAGCUGUGCAACACCUAAGCACAGUUGGGCAAAUGCCAGACAAGCUUUUCCUGCAUCAGAGAACAAAAGUGUGCACAUCUAAUCCAUUGAAAAUCCUGCUUCUAGGCUUUGCAGAGCUGGAAUGUCAAGUUGGGUGGAGCUGUGAGCCAGUUUCCUGCAAAGUGCAACAACUCAAAAGGUAAUAAAUCCUUUCCUCAGCCUCCCUUAAGUUUCUCUCUUUAACACUUCCUGCCUGCAUUUAAACUAGGUUCUCCUCAACAGCAUAAAUGCAAUGUUGUUUUCUUUUGAGGGAAUGAGGUUAAAUGUCCUCUUUGAAGCUGCACAAUUUAGCAAAUAAUUGACAGGGCUUGGAUUAUGAAUCUGAUGGGUCCUCCGGGGGCCUCAAAAGCCGUGGGGUUAUUGCCUCUCUCCCAUCCCUGAAUGUGAAAUGCAUAUUUGUCUGCUGUAGGUUUUGCCAGGGCUCCAGCAGUUCUCUAACUUCAGGUUAAUCAGUGCAUUUUAGUAUAGGCAUUUUAGUAGUUGGCACAGACUCAGAAGCAGUGUUGACAUCAAAGCAAGCCUUGGGAAGAGGACAUUUGCCUUGCCUUCCUCCCCUUGCACCCAAGAGCCUUCACCAGUCACCUCUUCUACCAGGAAGAAUCAGGAGCUGCAGGCUGCCAAGCUACCCAGGUGAGAAGAUGCCGUCCUUGCUCUCUAGAGACCACAACACCUGAUGCAGGGGUGGGCAACCUAAGGCCCUGUCAGCUUCGCCUUUGAGCCUGUGCCAAUGACUGGGCUCAACCUCUUCAGCCCCGACUGGGCUAGGCGAGCUAGGAAGCACUUCCAGAGACCUUCCACUGCGGGAGAGCAGGUCUAAGUGCAAUGGACUCACAACUUUGAGCUGUCAGCAUCAAAGUCAGCAGAGUACAGCAGAGUAUGAACUACACGAACGACGGCUCUGAAGCUUAACUUCUUUGUUCUAUUACAGCUACUGCAAACUAAAAUAAACUAAAGACUAAAGGAGGCUGGUUUAGUUUGGUGGGACGCAGGUGGCGCUGUGGGUUAAACCACAGAGCCUAGGACUUGCUGAUCAGAAGGUCGGCGGUUCAAAUCCCCGCAACGGGGUGAGCUCCCGUUGCUCGGUCCCUGCUCCUGCCAACCUAGCAAUUCGAAAGCACGUCAAAGUGCAAGUAGAUAAAUAGGUACUGCUCCGGCAGGAAGGUAAACGGCGUUUCCGUGCACUGCUCUGGUUCGCCAGAAGCGGCUUAGUCAUGCUGGCCGCAUGACCCGGAAGCUGUACGCCGGCUCCCUCGGCCAAUAAAGCGAGAUGAGCACCGCAACCCCAGAGUCAGCCAUGACUGAACCUAAUGGUCAGGGAUCCCUUUACCUUUAAAGGAGGCUACUGGACUGCAUGAGUGUUACAGUUGCUUAUGCAGUCAUCUUAUCUCUACAGAGAUAAAACUCAGAUUCCUACAGAGUCAGGCAGGAGCGGAAGAAGCGAUGAGCAGAUUCUGCCCCCUCCUUUCUGAAAACAUUGUCAGGAGAUUCUCGCAGUGGGUUGGGGUGAAAUAUCCACAGGCCCAUGGGCCACAAGCGGCCUAUGGGGGGCGUUUAACCGGCCCAUGAGCUGCCCCUGAACCGAGGCGCCGGUUCGGUGAGUCCCCGCGCGCUGCGCUAAACAGGUGCAGCACAACGCGGGGACUCGCUUCCACAGUGCCAGAAAUCGCGUCAGAGCACACACCGGAAAUUGCGUCUGCGCAGGCGCCGAUCCGGCCCAUGGAGGGAUCUCUGCUGGAGUGAACCAGUCCAGGCAAGGUAACCCUUGCCCACCCCUGACCUGAUGCUUCCUGGUUGCUUGGUAGUGGGAUAUUGUAACACCAUCCUCCUCCCAGAGCCUUCAUCAUCUUUUAAAAAACAACUGUUCUUGCAAAUUUGUUUUCACUUACGGCCGGUACAGCUUCCUAGGCCCCUGUACGGCCAGGGUGUGGAAAUUGUAGCCCUCCAGUUUUGGGACUACAACUCCCAUCAGCCCCGGUCAGCACGGCCCGUGGUCAGGGGUGAUGGAUGUUGGAGUCCUUCGGCAUCUGGAAUGUCAUAGCUUCCCUAACCCCGCCAUAAGCGGUUGUAGUUGGUGAGCAUUUGCGUGUCUCCUCCACGUAUGUGAACAGAACCACUUAUGCUCAUGCAAACAGGGAUUUUGACCCAUCACUUCAUUUCUAUGGCUUGCUUUUUGAUCAGCUGGCAUCUGCUGACUCUUCUUUCCCCACAUCCCACCCAGAUAUGGAACAAAUUGCUUUCCUUGUCCACUAAUAAUAAUAAUAAUAAUAAUAAUAAUAAUAAUUUUUAUUUAUACCCCGCCCUCCCCAGCCAAGGGUGGGCUCAGAGCGGCUUACAAGCAAUAAUAAAAACAAGUUGAAUGAUUACAACUUAAAAAGAAAAUUAAAAUACAACAUUAAAAUAUUGAAACAUUAAAAUAUUAAAAUGUAGCCUCCUCGCAGGAGGAGAAGGAAAAGAAAAAAGAAAGAGAGGGAGGGAAUCAAAUUGGCUCCAAGCCAAAGGCCAGGCGGAACAACUCUGUCUUACAGGCCCUGCGGAAAGAAAUUCAUCACCCUUAGAUGAAUCAUGUCGGCUAGCCUAAAAUUGAGGGCAAAACGCAACUUAAUUUUAUAGAAUUUUGCAAGGUCUUUUGUGGUUUCUUCUCACUCUCUGAAUGGCUUUGAACCACAGCUCUUUGAAAUCUCAUUUUGGAAUACACCUGUAUAGUUGCAGGCACCAUUCAUUCAGCGAGGUUGCCAAAUUAUUGUUGUUUGGAGGACAUUGUUCCUCAGUAGUGGACUUCUGAUUGGCGCUUUUAGAACAUAAUAUUAGUGCUAGUUGGGCCUCCAUCCUUUCUGAGCAUCCCCUGCAGCCCCUGGUAGGAGUUUUGCCCUCCUACAAGGUGUGUGUGUAUUUUAAUUCAUAAAAAUUACACACUUGAUGGGGGGCGUGACAUGAAAACACCUCAAAGGAGUUGGCGAAGGCUAAUUUCUAAGCAGUUGGAAAAACAGCUUAAUAGUUAGGGAAAUCCCCCAAAGCAGAGAAGUAGACUAGCAAAUUCAGUAAUAAGACCCCCAUUGUUUUAUUUAACCAAGUCAUCAACAAAGCAAUUUAAAUUUUUUUGAUUCAUUCUUUAUUUUUUAAGAAGUGUGCUGGGUUGUAAAGCAGAGUGACUGUUUUAACUUCUUGAAAUGACUCUUAAGUGCAGUAACCUAGAUGGAAUAUCCUUCCUAUCUCACACAGUGAAUGCAUCUUUCAGUCAGCAGCCAUUUCUGAAAAGUCAUUUUUGAAUUUUUCUGAGCUUGCGUUUAUCUGAGCUACUUGCUUAUUGAAUGUUCCGCUUUUGCUUUACUUGCAUGGCAUUGUGAUUUUGGAAACAGAUAUAUUGAUGGAAGUGUUGUGAUAGUGAGCUGCUUUGAGCUCAGUGUUGUUGCUGGAAAAGCAGUGUGCCAAUAUUAAAUUAAAAAAAAAUAAUCAUCCGCAAUCGCUGAAAUAAUUUCCCUGCCCCACCUUUCAGCACUCCCCUGCCCCCCGUGAUACAGAUUCGGUUUACCGCAACUUGUGCAAUUAAUCGGUUAAGAUGCCUUUAACUGGGUGACAGCUGUAUUCAGUUAAUGAGGAGAAUCUGGAAGUGUUCCAAGCUUCUCUGAGGAGGAACAUCCAAUAUGUGUCUGGAGGGGGGGAAAACACCUCUUUUCAGAAGCAGACCGGUUUACAAAUUAACUUGUUCUUCUUCCUAGUGAGAAGUCUUUGUCAGGGUGCUGGGCAACCCUGCUAUUCAUCUGAUUUCGGAAAGGAGAAGAGACCUGGUGUCUGCGUUGCCCAAAUGUCGUCCCGCAAAGCCUCAGUUGCCAGCCAAGGAAAUGGGCCUUCAGCUAACGGCAGGGAGAGGGAACUUGUGGAGCUGGCUGAGCUCGGACCCCUCUUAGAGGAGAAAGGAGACCAAGCGGCAACCAGUUCGGCCAUUGUAAGUAAGCUUCCUGCCAGAGAGAUGCUAAACCCCAUUAAAGCAAAGCUAUUUUCAGGUUAAUGCCUUACAGGGCGGUGGGGUGGAUAAAAUGGUGAAGGGCGGGGAGCAUGCAUGCACCACCCUGAGCACCCUGGAGAAAAGGCAGGAUAUGUAUGUAAUGAUAAUAGAAACAUAAUAAUAAUUUAUUAUUUAUACCCUGCCCAUCUGGCUGGGUUUCCCCAGCCACUCUGGGCAGGUUCCAACAAAAUAUUAAAAUACAGUAAUGCAUUAAACAUUAAAAGCUUCCCUAAACAGGGCUGCCUUCAGAUGUCUUCUGAAAAUCUGGUAGUUGUUGUUCUCUUUGACAUCUGGUGGGAGGGCGUUCCACAGGGCAGGUGCCACCACCGAGAAGGCCCUCUGCCUGGUUCCCUGUAACUUGGCUUCUCGCAGCGAGGGAACCGCCAGAAGGCCCUUGGAGCUGGACAUCACUGUCCAGGCAGAAUGAUGGGUGGAGACGCUCCUUCAGGUAUACAGUGGUACCUCAGGUUACAGAUGCUUCAGGUUACAGACUCUGCUAUACAGUGGUACCUCAGGUUAAGAACUUUGCUUCAGGAUGAGAACAGAAAUCGUGCUCCGGCGGUGCAGCAGCAGCAGGAGGCCCCAUUAACUAAAGUGGUGUUUCAGGUUAAGAACAGUUUCAGGUUAAGAACGGACCUCCGGAACGAAUUAAGUACUUAACCCGUGGUACCACUGUACUGGACCGUAAAGAAAUACCUGUAAAGGUUGAUCUUCUAUCUGCAUGCUGACACACGUAAUUUAGCAUGCCCCAGUUACUGACAUAGGGACGUGGGUGGCGCUGUGGCUUAAACCACAGAGCCUAGGACUUGCCGAUCAGAAGGUGGGCGGUUCGAAUCCCCGCAACGGGGUGAGCUCCCAUUGUUCGGUCCCUGCUCCUGCCAACCUAGCAGUUCAAAAUACGUCAAAGUGCAAGUAGAUAAAUAGGUACCACUCUGGCAGGAAGGUAAACGGCAUUUCCGUUCGCUGCUCUGGUUCUCCAGAAGUGGCUUAGUCAUGCUGGCCUCAUGACCCGGAAGCUGUACGCCGGCUCACUUGGCCAAUAAAGCGAGAUGAGCGACAAAACCCCAGAGUCGGCCACAACUGGACCUAAUGGUCGGGGGUCCCUUUACCUUUUUAGUUACUGACAUUAGACAAGUGCUCUUGCUAUAUUGCUAUAGUUGCCUGCCACCCACAAGCCUAUCGAGAAAUAAUAAUAAUAAUAAUAAUAAUAAUAAUAAUAAAUUUCAUUUCCUGUAUUAGUUUUGCUGGUUUUAUUGCUUUGUAAUGAUGGAUGUUUAGGCAUGUGUGUUUUUUUAAUGUUCUGUGGAUUUUAGCUUUGCUUUAUCUCCUGCUUUAUUUGCACACUAUUCUUUCAGUGGUUUACGAAUCCUUCUAAAUAAGUAAAUAUAAACCAUACAAGCAUGGCAGGAUUUAAGCAGUGUACCUCCAGGGAACUUUGCGUUCUCCACUGGGAAUAAAUAAGGCCGGAGAAGGGGGAGCAGGGUCUUAUCAAGCCCCCCUCCUUCUUACAAGGAGAUGUGUCUGAAUUUGUGAUGGGAACACAUCCAUCAUUUUAUUUCAUGUAUUUAUAUGCUGUUCGUCACCAGAAAAGUCUGCAGACCCAGAAAAGUCUGCAAGUGGUUUACAAAAAGAUAACAAAUAUAACAGAGGUGUUUGUUUGUGUGUGUCUGCGUGUUAUAUACACCCAGACACCACAAUGUCUGUACACCCCUCCCCAGACAUCUUGGGAACUGUAGUUAAGGGUGCUGGGAAUUGUAGGAGUGAGGAGUAAACAACCAUUUCCAGGAUUCAUUCUGUGUAUACUUUAAAUAUAUGGUGUGCACCCUGCCUAAAAGACACAGUGCCGUAUGAAACCAUAAAAUCCCAGCAAGGCAAAAGCAUAGCAGCUCAAUUGAGGGUCGUGGAAAACAGAGAGAAAACAGGUGACGUUCCAGUUGUCACUUGAAGCUCAUCGCAUUGGUUCCUCCCAUUUGGCAAGGGGCAAGGGAGAGAAAGUUCCAGAAGGUUGUCCUUACCCCAGAGAAAGCCCCGCUUCCAAGAUACCAUAAAAUGAUAGUUACAGGUAGGUAGGCGUGUUGGUCUGCCGUAGUCGAAACAAAAAGUAAAAAUAAAAUAAAAUCCUUCCAGUAGCACCUUAGAGACCAACUAAGUUUGUUAUUGGUAUGAACUUUUGUGUGCAUGCACACGUCUUCAGAUAGGUUAGUUGGUCUCUAAGGUGCUACUAGAAGGAAUUUGGUUUCAUAAAAUGAUAGUUUGCCAGUGAUAGUAUAGUUAGCAGAGCCCAAUCAAGUCUCUCAGUCUUCGUUCUAGGCGUUAAGGCUCUUUCCAUGUCUUUGUCAAACAACCAUAAAUAUACUGGCAAAUCCUAUUAGCGGCUUUGUAGCUGUAAUCUUGUCAGCUUGUGUGAUCCCCUGUUUUGACCUUCACCUAGCCUAUCGGUGCUGUGAUUCUGCGCAGUGCUGGAUCCACAUCUCUUGGCAUGUAACAAUAUAAUUGUUUAGAAUGGGUGGAAGCGACCAGCCCAGAGGCAUCCAGUGACCUUCAUGGCUGAGAAGGUCUUCCCAAUCCAAUUCCAACCCUUGAACACACCAGUAGAAUUACUAGCAUUAAACGCAGGAGCUCAAUGGCAUUUGAUUAAGAUAGGCCCUUCUUUUGCGAUCCGAUGCCCUUCAGAUGUUUCGGGCUCGGCCAGCACAUCUGGGGCUGAUGGGAGACUUCGUCCCAAACAUCUGGAGGGCUCCAGGUCUGGGGAUGUGUGUGCGCGCAGGGCAAACGCGGCCCUUGCAGCAUUUUCUCACAGCUGGAAUGUAUAGAUUUCGCAACGAGUCUUCCAAACUGGUGGACUGAGAGCCUUCAGGCUUUGCAAGGCUGCCAGCUUCCUCCCUUUGCCCAUUUGCAGAACUGCCUGUGCGAUGCAACUCGAAGACUGCUUCCUCUCGCGGUCCCACUUCUCCUUGCAACUGCGAACCUGCCUUGUUUUUUCCUCAUUGUGCUGAGAACGUAACAGGCAGAGCUUUGAGCUGGCGAACAGGCCUCCUACGCCGAAGCCCGCCUUGUAGGAGACGGGCGGCUGAAAAGGAGAGCCUGCCCUCCUCUGUUCUGCUUUGGCGGGCUGCGAGUUUGUUUCCUGGGCCCCAGGCCAAGGAGAGAAAUGGAGUUUGCCAAUUUGCGUUGCCCUCUUAGCAGCAGACGAGGAAAUGCCGUUACCUUUAAUCCUUUCUGCAAAGGAAAUCUGGGAUUAUGGCUGCAGCAGAGUUUGACCGGUCUUGCUACAUGUGCAGACAGUCACGGAGGGGGUUCCUUUUGGGUGACUGGAGUUCUCUGAUGGCCGCGUCUUCUCCUGCUGCUUACCAGGAGCUCCUUGCUUGCUGUCUGUCUGUGGCCCUCCUAUACUGCUCUGUACAAAACUGGAGCUGUUUUCUGGUGUCAAGUGGGAUUCAACCACCUUCAAGCAAUUUCAGGCUGUUCUGUUACAAUUUUAUUUAUAUAUCUCCAUUAUUAACAACCCAAAAGUUCAAUAGCAGGGUAUUGCACACACACACACACACACACACACACACACACACACCCCAAACACACAAAGCAAACAAACAAUCACCAAUAAGGGAAAGAAAUAGUGCAUAAAUCAUGACAUCCAUAUUUCCUGAGCUGGUGUGGUUGAUAAAGAGCCUCUGAAGUCUGAAGCACAGGGAAUAAAAUCUCACCUUGUUGUGUGGAGGUCUUGUGCAAGAAACCCACCUCCCCACAGACCCACCCCAAAAUAAUAAUAAUAAUAAUAAUAAUAAUAAUAAAAUUUAUUUAUUCCCCAGCCAGAGCCAGGCUCAGGGUGGCUAACGCAAAUAAAAUCACAGUAAAAACAUAAUACAGUGGUACCUCAGGUUACAUACGCUUCAGGUUACAUUUGCUUCAGGUCACAGACUCCGCUAACCCAGAAAUAGUGCUUCAGGUUAAGAACUUUGCUUCAGGAUGAGAACAGAAAUCGUUCUCUGGUGGCGCAGCGGCAGCAGGAGGCCCCAUUAGCUAAAGUGGUGCUUCAGGUUAAGUCCAGUUUCAGGUUAAGAACGGACCUCUGGAAGGAAUUAAGUUCUUAACCCGAGGAACCACUGUAAGGGAAAAAGGGGGGGGGAGAAAAAACCCCCAAUUUAAAAUACAGGUUAAAAUGCAGCCUCAUUUUAAAGUAGCUGAUAAAUCAAGACCGUAAGGGGAGGGAAACAAAGGCCUGGUGGAACAGCUCUGUCUUGCAGGCCCUGCGGAAAGAUGUCAAGUCCCACUAGGUUUUUAGAAAAAUAAUAAUAAGGAAAUUGCUAGGAAAGUUGUACUGUAACCUGUGGGAUAAUGUGUGCUUUGACUCAGCACCAUCCAAGCUCCCUGCAAACCAGUCAGGACAAACGCUCUAUAUAUAAACAGGUGGUCCGGAAGGAACCCAUGAGUUUGGACUAUCUCUUUAAUAUUCAAGAGCAUUUUCGGUCUGACCCCUUUCCCUUUGCUCAGGCUGUGUGAUCUUCUCCUAGGUUCAAGACCAGCCAUGCCCAGCAACUCAGGAGGAGGAGGAGGAGGAGGUGCGCGUGCUGACCCUCCCUCUGCAGGCGCAUCAUGCAAUGGAGAAAAUGGAAGAAUUUGUAUACAAGGUAACGUUGGGUUGGCGCUCUAAGCUGGUGUUGGGGCUGUAGGCUUCCAUUGUUUCAGCUGCAGAGCUGGGUAUGCUAUGUUCUCUGGCUUCCUUCCUUCCUUUGCAAGCAAAACAGGAGCAUGGCAAAUCGAGUUUGAGUUUGAUAAUAAUAAUAAUAAUAAUUUAUUGUUUAUACCCCACCCAUCUGGCUGGGCCACCCUGGGCGGCCUCCACCAAAUAUCAAAAUACAGUGGUCUGUUAAACAUUAAAAGCUUCCUUGAACAGGGCUGCUGUCAGAUGUCUUCUAAAAGUCUGGUAGUUGUUGUUCUCUUUGACAUCUGAAGGGAGGGCAUUCCACAGGGCAGGUGCCACCACCGAGAAGGCCCUCUGCCUGGUUCCCUGUAACUUGGCUUCUCGCAAUGAGGGAACCACCAGAAGGCCCUCGGAGCUGGACCUCAGUGUCCGGGCAGAACGAUGGGGGUGGAGACGCUCCUUCUGGUAUGCAAGAUCUCAAGGAGGGGUGGGGAAUGUGAGAACCUCGGGAUGUUUGCUAGACCCUUGAUGUCAUGGACUGGCUGGACGCAGAGGAACAGUGGGAGGCACCAGCUGGGGAACCCCCAAGGGAAGGAGGCUCAGAGCCUGGGGAGUGGCGGUGGGGGCACAACGAGCAGUCAGAGGAAGAAGAAGGAGCAGGCUGGGAGGAGGAGGAGGUGUCGGAAGUUGAAGAGGCAACAGGGUUUAGUGAGCAGGAAGUCUGUGGCAGAGAGCAGUCCAGAAUCGGAGGCAGAAGCCGAAGCAGGAGAGUGGAAGUAGGGAAGCCAAGAAGCAAAGACCAGCUCCCCAUCCUUCUCGUCUCCCUGAACCAGAAGAGGUGUGAACAGCAGAGACGGGGCAUUGGCAAAGUCUCAGAUUGCUUGGGAGGAACCAGGGAGAGGAGGAGAUUUAGGCAGCUGUGGGAAGGUUGGGACCUUCACUCCCCACAACUGCCUCAUAGGGGCAAGAUCUACCGGGACGAGUUGCUGUGCUCACUAGGCCUGGCCUAAUGAGUCAACCUUGUUUCCUUGAAUAAAGAGUUCAUUUCACAGCUGACCUCACUCCUUUCCUGACACUUGACCGUUGCCAUCUGCUGGGUCUUGUGGAAGUUAGAGAACAUCUAGAGGCCCCCGUCCUCCUGCUCAAGAGACUCCUACAAGCUUUGGCUAGUCAAGCAGUUCCCUGGAAAUAAAAUAACGGAAGGAGCUCACAGCUCUGUCCAGUUACGAAGCUUCGCAAGUUUGAAAGAAGUAGUCUGUGGUUCUUCCUCCAGAACAAUCCCAUCUCUGUAUGGCCAGACUUGUUUUGGAGGCAUCAGAUCCACUUCUUCCUGCUUACUGGAAUUAAAUUUUUAGACCGGGACGGGGAGCCUUUUCCAGCUUGAGGGCCACACUCCUUUCUGGGCAGCCUCCCAGGGGCCAUGUGGACCGAGAGGCAAAAAUGGGCACGACCAGAAGCAAUGGUGGGCAGACAUUUGGGUCACAUUCAUACCCUGCCCUCCCCAGCCAGAGCCGGGCUCAGGGCGGCUAGCACCAGUAAAAUUACAGUAAAAACAUAAUGGGGGGGAACCAAUUUAAAAUACAGGUUAAAAUACAAUUUAAAAUGCAGCCUCAUUUUAAAAGUAGCCCAUAGAUCAAAACCAUAAGGGGAGGGAAACAUAAGGGUCAGACCGAAUCCAAACCAAAGGCCAGGCGGAACAGCUCUGUCUUGCAGGCCCUGCGGAAAGAUGUUAAGUCCCGCAGGGCCCUAGUCUCUUGUGACAGAGAGUUCCACCACGUCAGGGCCAGUACUGAAAAGGCUCUGGCCCUAGUUGAGACCAAUCUAACCACCUUUCGACUUGGGGCCUCCAAAAUGUUGUCAUUUGUGGACCUUAAGGUCCUCCACGGGGCAUACCAGGAGAGGCAGUCCCGUAGGUACGAGGGUCCUAGGCCGCAUAGGGCUUUAAAGGUCAAAACCAGCACCCUAAACCUGACCCUGUCCUCCACCAGGAGCCAGUGCAGUUGGUAAAGCAGCAGAUCUGCAAAUGAUUUGUUUUCUGGGGAGCUAGCCCAGUUCAGGUCCUCUGUCUCCCCUGGGACAUGGGCUGAGAGUUCUGAUGUGGAGGCAACCAAUGAUUUAUGCUGCAAGUGUCCUCAUCAAAAGCUGUGCAAGAGUCGCCUGCAGGAGGGGUGGUGUGGCUGCGCCCCAGACCGUGCGUUUCACAGCCUAAUGGCGGCUCCCUCCCAUAAUAAUAAAAAUUUAUUAUUUAUACCCCACCCAUCUGGCUGGGCUUCCCCAGCCACUCUGGGCGGCUUCCAAAAGAAUAUUAAAAUACUAUAAUACAUCAAACAUUAAAAGCUUCCCUAAACAGGGCUGCCUUCAGAUGUCUUCUAAAAGUCGGAUAGUUGUUAAUUUCUUUGACAUCUGGUGGGAGGGCGUUCCACAGGGCGGGUGCCACCACUGAGAAGGCCCUCUGCCUGGUUCCCUGCAACCUCACUUCUUGCAGGGAGGGAACUGCCAGAAGGCCCUCGGUGCUGGACCUCAGUAUCCGGGUAGAACGAUGGGGGUGGAGACUCUCCUUGUGCCAAUGUGCUCCCAGGUACUGACUGCCCCACAUGGUUUGGUGUGUUGCAGGUCUGGGAAGGCCGCUGGAGGGUCAUCCCCUACGACGUGCUGCCCGACUGGCUGAAAGAUAACGAUUACCUCCUGCACGGGCACCGGCCCCCUAUGCCCUCUUUCAGAGCCUGCUUCAAGAGCAUCUUCCGCAUCCACACGGAGACGGGCAACAUUUGGACCCACUUGCUAGGUGACCCUGACUCUCUGGUUCCUACUUUAAUACUCUGGAUCUCUGGUACCUGUGUUAAUGUUGAGAGGGAGCAUCUCUCCCCCACUGCGACUUUUUCUUCCCUUGGGGCACUGGAAUUGUCCACAAAGGUGGUGGAUCUAGAAUUUGGAUCUAGAAUUGUCCUCCUCGUCAUUGUCCUACCCAUCUUCUCUACCUGAUUCUAGGCUUGAAUGUGAUCUACGUUGUGGAGAUCUUGCAUAUCGUGCAAAUCGUUCCUAUGAACAACAUAAGGGCCUUGGGAAGGAAUUGUAUACAGUGGUACCUUGGUUUAAGAACUUAAUCCGUUCCGGAAGUCCGUUCUUAAACCAAAGCGUUCUUAAACCAAGGUGUGCUUUCCCAUAGCAGUGGGGGACUCAAUUUACAAAUGGAAUACAUUCAACAUGUUCUGCUUCCAAGGCAAAGUUCACAAACCAAAACACCUACUUCCGGGUUUGCAGCAUUCUUAAUCCAAGUUGUUCAUAAACUAAGCUGUUCUUAAACCAAGGUACCGCUGUAUUGUGCUUACCCCAGAGGUGUCACUGUUUAAGCAAUGCCGUUUGGUAAUAAUAAAUAAUAAUAAAUUUUUAUUUAUACCCCGCCCUUCCUGGUUUAAAAACCAGGCUCAGGGCGGCUAACAACAAAUUUAAAACACCUAAUUGUAAAAGCAGCAUAAAAUACAGUAUAAAAACAUGAAUAACAAUAAAAUUCAAAGUUCAGAAAUCAAUUUAGGGGAAAUCCAUCUAUAAGCAUUAGAUAAUCCCCAGGGCUAGCUGGCUGAAUUGGUCCUACUUGGGCCAGCGAGGAGGCCAGGGGAGAAUUAGCUGUGGGGUCUCAGAGCGGGUAAUCUUCAUCAAAGGGAAGGGGGAGGGAAGAGAAGGGAAGGGAAAUAAAAGAUCAGGCUGAAUUCAAAUUAAAGGCCAGGCGGAAUAGCUCUGUCUUACAGGUCUGACGGAAGGAGGUUAUAUCCUGUAGGGCCCUAGUCUCCUGGGACAGAGUAUUCCACCAGGUGGGAGCCAUCACUGAAAAGGUCCUGGCCCUGGUGGAGGAUAGUCUGACUUCCUUAGGGCCCGGGACCUCUAAACUAUGGUUAUUCAUGGACCAUAAGGUCCUCUGCGGGGCAGACCAGGAGAGGCGGUCCCGUAAAUACCAGGGCCCUAAGCCACGAUACACGUAUUUGGUCCCAAACCUCCUCAAGUCUGUUAAUGCAGACCAUCAUUUAGAUGGGCUGGGAAAAUACGAUAGUUCCUUAGGUGCCUAGUAUUUUAUUCCUUCCUCCCGGCUUAUUUCUGGGAUGGGAAAGCCUUCCGACUAACUCAGGGACUUUUCACAGCGGCUUAUCAUUGUCAUCAUCAAUUUGUAGACUUGGAAGGGAACCCCAGGGUCAUCUAGUCCAACCCGCUGCAAAUCAGGAAUCUCGACUAAAGCAUCCAUGAGAGAUGGAGAGCCACAGGCGACUUGGCCUGAUCAGUUUGGCAGUGCUGGCCUCUCCACCUCUUCAUAGAAGGAGCUGCAAUUAUUUGCAUCCUCCUCAGUUUGGGUUCAUGUUUUGGGGCUGAGAUGGCCUCUGCCCCCUUCGUGCAGGGGUAGCCAAUGAAGUGUUAUGUAGCUGUUUUCAAGGCCACUUCUGAUCAGCCCCAGCCAGGGAUUAUAGGCACUGUUCCAUAAACUGGAGCUAGUGGAACUUUUUGGUAGAGUGCUGAACAGUCUCCUUCCCCAGAUACAUUUAUGUCCACCCCUUUCUUAAAAUCUUCAGAUGUGCUCUUAAUAACCUUUUUUAUUCUGGGGAACUUAAGCUCUGUGCUGGAAUUCCUCCCAAUGCUGUCUGUUAGGAUAUUUCCGUUCCACCUUAAAAGGGAGCAGGAUGUUUGUGUCACAGCCUGCGUAUUUCCUGUUCACAGGAUGUUUCUUUUGUGUCUUUGCUUUCGUUUCGCUCUCUGUGUCUGAGACACUGAAGCUGGCAGUCAUGUUUUCUUUGUUCUGACCAACGCUGAAUAAACUUGUAAAUAAUGCUCUCCUGCGUGCAUCUUUCGCUGUGCAUUAUCUGCUGAUAGAGCGUGCAUGAGCUCUGGAAUGUGGCAAGCUAUUUCUGGAAGCUCGUGUCGCUAAUUGCUGAUACUGCGUGUCUACGGGAGAUCGAUGGACGUCCGGAGACGACGUGGAGUCAUGAUGGAUUUUGCCUCCCUGGCAGUAUCCCAGUUUUAGUUUUAAUGUGUCAGCUCCUGUUCUCCUGGUUUUUAUCGGGUUUUGUUCUCCUGGAUUUUUAUUGCAUUGGUUCAGGUCUGUUGAAUCCUUCAGAUCUACUGGGUACCAAAGGCUAUGACAGAAACUCUUUGGCCUGUUGAUAAAUCAGCUAAUGGGACUCCCUCCCUCUCUCUGCUCUGCAUUUCCGCUCCAGGUUUUGUGCUGUUCCUUUGCCUGGGGAUCCUGACCAUGCUCCGGCCGAACAUGUACUUCAUGGCCCCUCUGCAGGAAAAGGUGGUCUUUGGGAUGUUUUUCCUCGGGGCUGUGCUUUGCCUCAGCUUUUCCUGGCUUUUCCAUACAGUCUAUUGCCAUUCAGAGAAGGUGUCCCGGACGUUUUCCAAGUAAGUUGACCUGGAAUUGAAACCCGGGUCGAUUAAGACACUCAACUGUUAAGGGUUUGUUUUUGUUUUUUGGCUGCUAAGUGAAAUGUAGAUAAAUUUGGGGCAGCUGUGAUGCGUGUGUAUGUUUUUAAUGCAUACCUACUUAGUAGGUAGAAAGGCUGAAAAUGAGAGGUAAGAGCAGAACCAGCCCCUGGCAGUGCUUCUGUUCAUGAACCCAAAGACAGGUUUGAACUCCACAUCUAAUCCAGAAUGCCCCAACGAGACUGCUGACUGGGAGUGGCCGGCAAGACCACAUAACACCAGUCCUGAAAGACCUGCAUUGGCUCCCAGUACGUUUCCGAGCACAAUUCAAAGUGUUGGUGCUGACCUUGAAAGCCCUAAACGGCCUCAGUCCAGUAUAUCUGAAGGAGCGUCUCCACCCCCAGCAUUCUGCCCGGACACUGAGGUCCAGCUCUGAUGGCUUUCUGGCGGUUUCCUCUCUGCGAGAAGUGAGGUUACAGGGAACCAGGCAGAGGUCCUUCUCGGCGGUGGCGCCCGCCCUGUGGAAUGCCCUCCCAUCAGACGUCAAGGAAACUAACAACUAUCUGUCUUUUAGAAGACAUCCGAAGGCAGCCCUGCUUAGAGAACUUUUUAACAUUUGAUAUUUUAUCGUGUUUUUAAUGUUCUGUUGGGAGCCGCCCAGAGUGGCUGGGGAAACCCAGCCAGAUGGGCGGGGUAUAAAUAAUAAAUUAUUAUUAUAUCUGAACAUUAUAGUGGGUUUACCUCAUUCAUAGAAUCGUAAAAUAACAGAGUUUGAAAGAGGCCCCACAGGUCAUCUAGUCCAACCCCUCCCUGCAGUUCAGGAAUCGCACCUAAUUCCUCUUUCCUGGCGUUUUCGUCUUCACACUGACUGAAAUGUAGGUGUUUGUACAGUAGUCAAAAUCGAUAGCCCCUAUGGAUUGUAGACGCGGGGACGUGGAUGAUGCUGUGGGUUAAACCACAAAGCCUAGGACUUGCCGAUCAGAAGGUCAGCGGUUCGAAUCCCCGCAACGGGGUGAGCUCCCGUUGCUCGGUCCCUGCUCCUGCCAACCUAACAGUUUGAAAGCACGUCAAAGUGCAAGUAGAUAAAUAGGUACUGCUCCGGCGGGAAGGUAAACAGUGUUUCCGUGCGCUGCUCUGGUUCGCCAGGAGCGGCUUAGUCCUGCUGGCCACAUGACCCGGAAGCUGUACGCCGGCUCCCUCGGCCAAUAAAGCGAGAAGAGCGCCACAACCCCAGAGUUGGCCACGACUGGACCUAAUGGUCAGGGGUCCCUUUACCUUUACCUUUAUGGAUUGUAGAAAAAAGAUAGUAUCUCCUUUCCCAAAGCAAACUUGACUUGCCAUUUCCGGAAUAUGCAAUACGCCUCUCACUUCCGUCUGGUUUCUGUUUGUUUCCUUCCUAGGUUGGAUUAUUCUGGGAUAGCUCUGCUGAUCAUGGGGAGCUUUGUCCCCUGGCUGUACUACUCUUUCUACUGCUCCCCGCAGCCCCGACUUAUCUACCUCUCCAUUGUAUGUGUGCUGGGUAUCUCAGCGAUCAUCGUCGCACAGUGGGACCGGUUUGCAACGCCUAAGCACAGGCAGACGAGGGCAGGUAGGGCAGCUCUCUCUAAAGGACAUCAGUACCGCGGGAGAAAUUUCCUUGAAGUUGGGAAAGGCUGCCUUAUUUCUGGUGCUUUCCCUUCUGAAUACUUGCUUGAGAUCUCCCUUUUCUCCUCCUCGCAGGGGUCUUCCUGGGGCUCGGUCUGAGUGGGGUGGUACCCACCAUGCAUUUCACCAUCGCUGAAGGCUUUGUGAAAGCCACCACCGUCGGGCAGAUGGGCUGGUUCUUCCUGAUGGCUGUCAUGUACAUCGCAGGAGCUGGUCUCUACGCCGCCCGCAUCCCUGAGCGCUUCUUCCCUGGCAAGUUCGAUAUCUGGGUAAGUGAGGCGAAUGGUGUGGUAUUUGGGGGUUUUUUUUAUAUUUUGCAAAAAUUAUGCACUACAGUGGUGCACCGCAAGACGAAUGCCUCGCAAGACGAAAAACUCGCUAGACGAAAGGGUUUUGCGUUUUUUGAGUCGUUCCGCAAGACGAAUUUCCCUAUGGGCUUGCUUCGCAAGACGAAACGUCUUGCGAGUUCUUGCGAGUUUGUUUCCUUUUUCUUAAAGCCGCUAAGCCGUUAAUAGCCGUGCUUCGCAAGACGAAAAAACCGCAAGACGAAGAGACUCGCGGAACGGAUUAAUUUCGUCUUGCGAGGCACCACUGUAUUUGAUUGUGGUCUUUUUUAAAACAAACAAACCUCAAAGCGGUUCUCGAAAGAAAAUGAGACAUUAGCAAAAGCAACUCUUCGAAACAUUCGAAAGAUUAAAUCGGCAACAAACGAAGAACAGAUGGAGAUCUACAUCAGCAACGCCUGGCCAAACUCGGCCCUCCAGAUGUUUUGGGACUACAGUUCCCAUCAUCCCUGACCCCCGGUCCUGUUAGCUAGGGGUGAUGGGAGUUGUAGUCCCAAAACGUCUGGAGGGACGAGUUUGCCCAUGCCUGCAGCUUAAACAAAAAUGUUUUUGGCGGUCUUCGGAGAGGGUACCUUCAACAGGCAAGAGCGUUCAAGAAUGCGGAAGUGCUGCCACGCUGGAGAGAUGGAUUUCUCAGAAAGGCGGGGCGCGUGUUAUGUGUCUCCUGUAACAAGUGCCAGUUUCCGCAGUAUGAAGCUGUCAAGUGGGCUUUGGGGGGGGUGAGGUGACCUCUCAGUUGAAGGAUACCCAGUCAAAUCAUUAGGCUGUGCAUUUACGUGUGUGUGUGUGUGUGUGUGUGUGUGUGUGUGUCAAUCAGUGUCAUCCCCUAUUUUUUUUAAAAAAUAAUAUUUAUUGAGAAUUUUAAGAUUACAAAGAAACAAAGAAAAAAAAGAAGGAAAAAACAAGUAGCAUUUAAACAAUACGGAUCAAUAAAAAAAAACAAGAUCAAAAAGAGAAAAAAACAAAACACAUAAUACAUCAAAAUCAAAAAGCAAAAAUAGACAAAAAAUUUAAAAACAAAUCCAAUAUUCCCAAAUCAUUAACUGUCAUUACCUUGUUUCAUCGACCUCCUCACACCUCCCUUUUUGUAUUCUAGUUGUUAAUUAUCUCAGCAAAUCCUUUCCAUCUUUCAUAAUAUUCUGUCAUUAAAUUAUCUUAAUCUAUUUUAAACUUAUCUUACCAUAAAAGGCCCUAAAACUUAAAACUUAAAUCUUAUUUAUACCAAAUUCUCUUAACCAUGACAUAUUCUUACAUAAUUCUUUUUAACAUUUCUGCUUAAGCCAAAUAAUUUCAUUCCAACAUUUUUCUAAUACUCUUUACUUUUACAAGAUUUUCCUAAAUAAUUUAUUUAAAACUUUCUUCCAAUCUUCAUCCAACGUCUCUUUCUCCUGGUCUCGGGUUUUGUCAGUCCUUUCUAUCCCAUCCAUCUAGUCCAUCAACCUGGUAACCUUAUAUCCGAGGCCCUUGGAUCUCUUAUUAAGUCUCACAAAAUUAUACACAAGCAAAACAAACAAAGAAACAUAAAUCAUAACCUUAUUAAAAUUACACUUAUUAACAUUGUUAAGAGACUUCCUCGCUUCCCCUUGGUUGAAUUUCCAUACAUAACCUUAUAAUUCUGAUGUAGAUCAGCUUGCAGCGCGACGUGAAAGAUGGUAUAGGGCAGGGACUUCCAACUCCCAAGGGACUGCGAGCUAUAAAAAACCGGCAGUGAUCUGCCCAUUUUUUGGGGGGUGGAAAAGCUUGAGUUGUUAACCUUUUUUUUUUACGGGGAGGGGGCGGACUGGAAUGUGUUGAAGUUCUGUUGGGGGUGUGUGGAAUUGCUCACCGUUCACAACGACGCACUGGAAAUGACUACAGUGGUACCUCGGGUUACAUACGCUUCAGGUUACAGACUCCGCUAACCCAGAAAUAGUACCUCGGGUUAAGAACUUUGCUUCAGGAUGAGAACAGAAAUUGUGCUCCGGCGGCACGGCAGCAGCAGGAGGCCCCAUUAGCUAAAGUGGUGCUUCAGGUUAAGAACAGUUUCAGGUUAAGAACAGACCUCCAGAACGAAUUAAGUACUUAACCCGAGGUACCACUGUAUACUCUUUUCAGCGCCUGCUAAAAGCUUUUUCGUUUACACAAGCAUAUCCUCUUUCAUUUCUGAGCAAGCAAGUCGCUCGUGAAAAAUUCUCUUAUUCAAGCAGAAAGCACAAUGUGGCAAUGCAGUUUAGCAACACCAUGCCUAGCUAUCCUCCUUUAUAAAAAUAUUUAUACUGUGGUACUUCGGGUUAAGAACUUAAUUCGUUCUGGAGGUCCGUUCUUAACCUGAAUCUGUUCUUAACCAGAGGUACCACUUUAGCUAAUGGGGCCUCCCGCUGCUGCCAUGCAAUUUCUGUUCUCAUCCUGAAUCAAAGUUCUUAACCCAAGGUACUAUUUCUAGGUUAGUGGAGUUUGUAACCUGAAGCGCCUGUAACCCGAGGUACCGCUGUACUUUUGUUUCCUGACUCGUUGGCAAUAUACCAUUAAAGACCACCCAUUUGACGCAACGGAGCAAAAGAUCGACGGGUGAGGGGGAAUGGGAGUUUCAGUGCACUAAUUAUCACAGCCGCAGAUUGAGAGGGUCCGGCCGCAAACUUCCAGGGAUCGGCCUGUCGAUCGCGGUCGACCGGUUGGACAUCGCUGGUGUAGGGGUACCAAAAUAAAUAAAAAUAUAAUGUGCCGGCAGCAUCAGCUCCCCAAGGGCAUGCCACAGCUUUUAAUGCAUGGGUAGACAAACUAAGGCCCGGGGGCCGGAUCCGGCCCAAUCGCCUUCUCAAUCUGGCCCGCAGACUGUCCGGGAAUCAGUGUGUUUUUACAUGUGUUGUAUGUGUCCUUUUAUUUAAAAUGCAUCUCAGGGUUAUUUGUGGAGCAUAGGAUUUUUUUUCAUAUUUUAUUUCAAAAUAUAGUCUGGCCCCCCACAAGGUCUGAGGGACAGUGGCGACCGGCCCCCUGCUGAAAAGGUUUGCUGAUCCCUGUUUUAAUGCAUAGAACAGGCAUCCCCAACCUUUCGGCCCUCCACAUGUUUUGGACUACGAUUCCCAUCAUCCCUGACCACUGGCCCUGUUAGCUAGGGAUCAUGGGAGUUGUAGUGCCAAACAUCUGGAGGGCCGGAGUUUGCCUAUGCCUGGCAUACAUGGGUCUCUCACGUCUCAUUUAAUCCCAGCAACAACCCCGCGAGGUAGGUUAGGCUGAGAGACAGUGGGUGACCCCUGUGCCCCGCAGUGAGCUUCAUAGGUUUUUAUUGUUUUUGUUUAUUAAAGAUUUUCUUGAUUUGCAAAAGUGUGUGUAAUGUCUCUCUCUCUCGUAUUCCCCCCCCAUGUAACAUUUUUACAAAUCAGUUUCAUUUGUUGAGACAUUAGGAUGAAAAGGGGGUAAGAUGGGUGGGGGUGGGGUUGGGUGGCGAUGUUUCUAUUUUACUUAAUAUAUGUGGGGUUUUGUGUCACCGUUGCUUGUGCAGGUUCUCUGCUAUUCGCUUGUGUUCCUUUGGUGGUGAGAAAGGUUGGGGUUGGCCUAAGGUGUGGUUGUUCAUUUGUGGUUGGCUGUGGCGGUCCUUGUUUUCGUGUGUGAGUGGGGUGGGUGGGUGUUUUGGAUCAGGUUAGCCAUAUUGAUCCGUAUGCUGCUGGUGGAUUUUUGUCGUUGUCUUGUUGGGCUGUGUAUGUGAUAAAGGGGAGCCAUACCGGGGUGAAGGCAUCGUCUUCUAUUUGUCCCCGUGUCAGUUCCAGUUUGUUGGUUAAUCUAGUAGGGUUGUUUCCCAUACUAUUUGGUACCAUUGGUCCUAGUCCAGCCCUCUAACCACUGCACCUCACUGCCUCCCUUGCCCCAAUCCCUGGCUCUGAUUUUUUUUUUCAUGCCCUCCUUGCAUUUCCCGCAGUUCCAGUCUCAUCAGAUCUUCCACGUGUUGGUGGUGGCCGCGGCCUUCGUCCACUUCUACGGCGUCUCCAACUUGCAGGAAUUCCGCUACGGACUCGAAGGAGGAUGUACUGACGACUCGCUCCUCUGAGGACCGCAGGAGACUUUAGUACACACUUCCUAAGUGCUUUUAAAGUAACCUUCUUUGCUAAAAUCAAAAAAAGGAGACUCUGAACAGUUUCGUUUAUUUUUUCUUUUUCUUUUUCAAGAAACUUAGGAAAAGUUGGCAGUGGUUAUUCCUGGCUUCUCCCCUCAAGGAGGACUGGACGUGGGAACGGGAUGGGUUGCCAACUGUCUACCGGGUGGAAGUGCCUGUAGCCGCAAACCCCUUUUUUUGACUUCACAGGAGUAACAUUGGAAUUUUCGGGACACGAGAAAUUCUGGCAAAAAAAAAAAGAGAGAAAAGGAACCAGAGGCCCCACUUACAUGCUCUUUGAUGCUGCAAACAUACCCCAUGCUUGAAGAGACACUCUGAGCUCCCCAUUUCCCCAUCGUAUCCGAAGGAGGCGUUGUAUCGAUCUGGCAAGGGCGACUGCGUCUCCCCCCUGCCGGGGUGCUCAGAGGCGGGUGCUUAGGGCUGUUUCCCCUUUAAUUUUGUCUUUCUUGACAAAAGUAAUGUAUGCCUAAAAUCGAGAGUAUUUAAUAUUUAAUAUUGAGCUUUAAAAGAAAACGGAGAGAGAGGAAAAAAGGCGCUAUCUUAUCCCUCCAGCCUAUUCUUACUGGAGAGCCGUUUAGUAGUAUUACAGGUGGGGUGUUCUUACUUAGGUGGCUGUAGAGCUGCUGUAGCUUUUUAUGUCGAGGUGACUGAAAUAAUAAAAAUAGACGUCUGAUGCUGUGGAAGGCUGGGGAGUUCAGGGGUUUGGUUCAGAGACCUGCAGGGAAUCUUUCCUCGCUGCAAGGAUUUGGUAUCUACAACAUCCCACAAGUGUGACUGCUUGAGUGGUUAUUUUUAUUUUCUGUGCACUGGUCAGGGGACGGAAGAAGUGCGUCGCUCCUGUGAGUUGCCCACAUUCUCUUCUCUACAGCUGGGAUCUGGCCCAGUGAAAUGUCCCGUUCACUCCAUCCCACCCUCCCAAAAUUAGAACCUUUUGCACUGCACCGCAAGCUGCUUUUUCAGGCUCCUGGCUGUGCAAAAGUAAGGAAAACCCAGUUUGUGCUGUGAGAUAUAAUGGCUGCUGGAAGGUGGGGGAGAAAGGUGAAUGUUGCUUGGUUCUGAACAUGGUGACCCCAUCAGGAAGUGUUGAGAGCAGGGGACUUCCAGUUCAGAAUCUAGGUGGCUUCUUUCUGCCUCCUGGGCCGCUUUUCCUUGCCAAGCCAAGCCAACCCAACUCUCCAUAUCCAUCAUUUCCUGCAGGGAUGAGGACCCUUCCUCCUUCCAUGUGUUGCUGGAAUUAAAACUCCUGCCAGCUCUGACCAUUGGCCAUGCUGGCUGCUGGGAGUCCAACAUCACUGGUGGGGAGGAAGGGGCAGGUUCUCACCACCAGCUUAACUGGCCCUUGAUUUGCUUGUGAACAUUUUUGUGUGUGUUAAGGUGGAGGUUCAUCUCCUUAAAUUCCUCCAGAUUGGCCUUCCUAAUGAGGAGCUGACAUCCUGUUGCUGUACUUUAGGAAAUAGGAGCUUUCCGGGCCUGGUCUUUCUGUACGUGCAGUUCGGCUGGGCAUCUAGCAAGUGCCGCAAGCCAGAACAGGCUUCAGUCAUCCUUGCAUCAGCAGGACCGUGCUACCUGUAGUCAGCUAGAUCUGUGACCAUUAAACAGGCUCACCUGCGGUGGACGGCUCGCUCCUCUGAGCUCUGCAGGUAUGUGUGUGUCUUGACUAGACAGAAGGACUGCUUGCUCUCAAGUCAGUAGUCAGCGUGAUGCUGGGGCUGAUGGGAAUUGGGGUCCGAAAUGCACCAGAUUGGCCCAGGCUUUUUUGGAGCUGAUUCUCAGUGCUGGUGUCUGUUUGAGAAACCUCCCUUCUUCUGGGGCUGCAGAGAAGGACCCAUGGCACUCUCUCUUUGCUGCUGGGCUUAGCACCCAUCCUCCCAGACUACGGUCAUACCUUGGGUUACAGCCGCUUCAGGUUGCGUCUUUUCGGGUUAUGGACCCACUGACCCGGAAGUACCGGAAUGGGUUACUUCCGGGUUUUGGCGGUCGCGCAUGCGCAGAAGCGCUAAAUCGUGCUUUGCGCAGAAGCGCCAAAUUGCAACCCGUGCAUGCGCAGACACGGCACUGCGGGUUGCGAAUGUGCCUCCUGCACGGAUCAUGUUCACAACCCGAGUGUCCACUGUAUUGGCCAUGCUAGUUGGGGCUGAUGGGGGCUGGGGGUCCAGCGGCACCUGUUCCCCAUACCUGGCCAGGGUGUGUGUGUGUGUGUGUGUGUGUGUGUGUGUGUGUGUGGCUUCUCCCCACCCCUUUCCCUCCUUUCUGUAGUAGCUGCAACACAAGACUAAAUACUGCUAGUUGGAGCAUCUUGCUGCUGCUGCCAGUUGUGCCUGGAGAUCUUCAAACAUCUGCCCUUGUAGUGCAGAGGCCUCUGUGAUACAGGAAAACUGUUCCUGCAAGCUGCUGCUGCUGCUGCUACUUUUCCUUUCUGCUUCUCCCACUCCUUCCGCAAACAGCUUGGAACUUCCUAGUUUUGCAUCCCAGCCGAUCCUUUAACGCACAGCUUUCCAAACUGUGUGUCAGGACACGUUAGCAUGUCGGCUGCAGCGUAUAGGCGUGUCUUGUGAAAGCUCCCCAAUCUCCUCCUGGGGCCGGAAAGAGGUUGGUGUAACCCCCAGUUUGCUAGUAAAACUGAGUGACUGUGUCGUGAAAUAACGCAUGCCUCAAAAGUGUGUCGCCAACAUGAAAAGUUUGGAAAGCUCUGCUUUAGUGGCCAGAGUGCUUCAUACUCAAAGCAGGUGAGCCGCUUGUGUAAUGUUAGUCCCCGCUGAUUUUAUAUUCUGACCUGAACCUGCUGUUCUGCCCUUAGCUAAACACCCAAUUCCAGUCAUUUUGGUCUUUGCCUGGCGACUGUGCAUGGGGAGAAGAUACAAUACUAUGUUGAGCACCAUGUAAGCCUUAGUCAGAGUUGACCCAAGCCAGUAACAUCAAGCCCUGGUGCUGGCGCAGCUCAGACUAACGCCUCUUAAAGGGAGAAUAUCCCCUUCUCUCCGUAGGGUGGGAACCAGUAUUUCACUUUGAGCCCCAUCCACGUAAAAAUGAGAACAGAAGAGCCUGGCUGCAGGAUCAGCCCAGAGGACCAUCCAGUCCAGCAAGCAGAUAACCCAGUGGCAAGCCUGCAAAGAAGGACCUGGGUGCAACAGGAAUUCUUCCCCACUUGCGAUUUGGGGUUGCUCAGUUGGUAGAACAGGAGAGACUUAAUCUCAGGGUCGUGGGUCAAGAAAUUCCUUCAUUGCAGGGGGUGGACUAGAUGACCCUUGUGGUCCCUUCCAGCUCUGAUUCUGUGAUCUGCAGCAGCUGGUAUUGAGAGGAACCCUCAGUUAAGGGGAAGCAUAGCUAUGGUGAGUGACGGCCGUUGCCUUGUCCUGCCAUUGGUUCCUGCUGCCGCAAGUUGAUUGCAACUCUUCUCCAGAGACCAGGCCAGGCAUAGGCAAACUCAGCCUUCCAGAUGUUUGGGACUAACUCCCAUCAUCCUUAGCUAACAGGUCUGUAUAGUUCAAGCUAUGGUUUUCCCAGUAGUGAUGUACGGAAGUGAGAGCUGGACCAUAAAGAAAGCUGAUCGCCGAAGAAUGGAUGCUUUUGAAUUAUGGUGCUGGAGGAGACUCUUGAGAGUCCCAUGGACUGCAAGAAGAUCAAACCUCUCCAUUCUGAAGGAAAUCAGCCCUGAGUGCUCACUGGAAGGACAGAUCCUGAAGCUGAGGCUCCAAGACUUUGGCCACCUCAGGAGAAGAGAAGACUCCCUGGAAAAGACCCUGAUGCUGGGAAAGAUGGAGGGCACAAGGAGAAGGGGACGACAGAGGACGAGGUGGUUGGACAGUGUUCUCAAAGCUACCAGCAUGAGUUUGACCAAACUGCGGGAGGCAGCGGAAGGCAGGAGUGCCUGGCGUGCUCUGGUCCAGGGGGUCACAAAGAGGCGGACAUGACUAAACAAGAACAACAAACAGGGCCAGUGGUCAGGGAUGAUGGGAAUUAUAGUCUCAAAACAUCCGGAGGGCCGAGCUUGCCUAUGCCUGGUCUAGGAAAACCGAUGGGACCCUAACCCUUUAUGGGUGAAGGCAGUCAUCUCAAAAUAUUUAUUUUCUUCCGGGUUCCAUCUAAUUCGUGAAGGAAAACGCCAGGUUUUUAGAGCACUUAGACUAAGGGUAUACAUUAUGAGAGACACCUUGUUGCUUAUGUCUACCCAGCAGUGGUUUCGGGAAAGUUCCUAUUGCCCUUCUCAUAAUUUUGCUCUGAAAAAGAGCAAAUGUGAUGCACCACCAUUCCAGAUAUCUUUAAAGCCUUCCGUUCCCAGUAGCUUGGACCCAAGCUGACCACGAAAGCAGAAUUUGCUGGUGCAAUCUACCUCGAGUUUGCCCAAACUCGACUUGCAGAUCCUUCGCUCGAGAGUUUUAAAAAGAGGAGAUUCCGCAUUAACAGGGGUGGAGACCCUGUGUCGCCUUUCAGAUUUUGCUGGACUAUUAAUUCCCACCAUCCCUGGCCUUUAGCCAUGCUGGUUUCUGGGGUUGCCGAAAGUUGGAGUCCUACAAAAUCUGGAAGCGCUCAGAUGUCCCCAUCCAGACCCCAACCCUGAGCUCUUAAAACCUUACCCAUUUCUAACAGAGCAGGCUUCUGGACUUUCAUGAGUGUUAAAAAUGUUAGAUGUGGCUCUUUUGCUCCAUCCAUCCGCAGUGUUAAAUUAGACUUGCCCUAUACUGUGAUUCAUUUAAAAGUGCAGGAAAAGCUCCACCAGCGGUGUUGAUGCUGUGAAUCUCAACUUGCAGGCAAGAUGGCCCGAGUUUGUCUCACAGCUGUGUUUUCAGUGUUUUCGUCUCUGGGACUCACCUUUCAGAAAUGGGUCCCUAAAUACAUUUUUUUGAACCAUGUAUCUGCAUGGUAGUAUUGCAGCUAUCGCAACCUGUUUUCUGUCAGGCCAUGACUCUCUUAGAGCGUGGUGCAAGAUGGCAGGAUCGAUCCCAGUACGAGACAGCUUGCAUAUUCCUGUAUUGCAGGGGGUUGGAGUAGACCAGGGUUUCUCAAACUUGGGUCUCCAGCUGUUUUUGGACUACAACUCCCAUCAUCCUUAGCUAGUCAGGGAUGAUGGGGAUUGUAGUCCAAAAACUGUUGGAGACCCAGGUUUGGGAAACCUGGGCUAGAUGAUCCACAGGGUCCAUUCUAACAAGACGUUUCUUGGAUUCUGUGACCCAGUGGUGUGCUCAGUAAUCCGGUGACCUUUUCCGGAUAAGCAAAGAAUCAAGAUCGCCUUCGUAAUACUGGGAUUAAAUGUGCUAAAAGGGGUGGGAAACCUUUGGCCUUCCAGAUGUUGUUGGGCCACAACCCCCCACCCAACCCCUGAUCAAUGGGGCUGCAGGGGGUCCAACAGCAUUUGAACCCACCCCUUCAGCAAAAGUAGCUUCUCCAAAUCGACUUGAAAUUCGCCUGCCUUGAAGAUUGCGACGCUCCACUCGUCCGCCAAGCAGGUAAAGAAUGCAGACUUCCACAUCGAUGGCUUUCCCCAUUUUUAAAAAAAAUAAUAUUGGGACCGACUUGAAAACCUUACGGCACACAACCUCUAUCCAUGUUUAAUCAGAAAGAAGUCCGGCCGAAUUCAGUGGGACUUACUCCCAGGUGAGAGGGUUUAAAAUUGCCGCCUCAAUCUCGACACCUUUGUUUCAUGGGACAGGAUGAAGCAGAACCUGUAAAGGUAAAGGGACCCCUGACCAUUAGGUCCAGUCGCGGCGGACUCUGGGGUUGUGGCGCUCAUCUCGCUUUAUUGGCCGAGGGAGCCAGCGUACAGCUUCCGGGUCGUAUGGCCAGCAUGACUGAGCCGCUUCAGGCAAACCAGAGCAGCGCAUGGAAACGCCGUUUACCUUCCCACCGGAGUGGUACCUAUUUAUCUACUUGCACUUUGACGUGCUUUCGAACUGCUAGGUUGGCAGGAGCAGGGACCGAGCAACGGGAGCUCACCCCGUCGUGGGGAUUUGAACUGCCGACCUUCUGAUCAGCAAGCCCUAGGCUCCUAAUUGGCGGUCGCUCAGGUGCAGAGCAUCUGCUGUGCGUGCAGCAGGUCCCAAGUUCGAAUCCCGAACAGCAUCGCUGGGAGAGAGCCUGGUCUCAAAUCUCCAAUCAAGGUAGACAACACUGGUAUAAGCUUUCUAGAGGUUCCUGUAUUUUAAACCAUGGAAGAAAGGUAGGUUUUGUGGACACCCAUGGUUAAUCCAAGGUUAAAAGUGUUACGAGCGCAGCACUUCAAGGCUGGAGUGUUUGAAGUUUGAUUUUCUCUGUGCGGUUUGAGAAUCCCUGCCCGUUUUAAGAAAAACAGUUACACUUGAAAGCGAGCCCUGUGCGAUUCAGUGGGGCUUGCUCCUAGGUAAACCGGGAUAGGAUUGCAGCCUUAAAACGUCACUGCUUUGCUCCAGUGCGCCACAAGUUGCAAGCGAAUAUCCCCAGGUUUUAAUUGAGUGAAGAAAAUCUUGGUAUUAGGCUGCCAGUCUUGGGGGGGGGGGGGCUUUCUCUUGACGGGGCCAGAGCAGCCCUUCUGAGGCAGAAGGACCAUUUUGCAAGCUCUCUUAACCCCAAGCAAUCUUCAGCGCAUGGAGGGUGCGUGUGUAAGAGAGAAACUGCAGGAACCAGAUAAUAAUGAAUAGGUUUAAAAACGAAGUUGCAGCUGCAAAGUAUUAGCCCGCCCUGGAAAGAAAAAAAUACCCUGAUGAUGUAACUAGAUUUUAUUGUGCAGAAAGACUUAUACCCACUGUAAGGGAGAUAAAUGAACAUUUUGCCGGCCACAAACGAUGGGAGUGACAUGGAACUUGGCAGUUUGCUUGGAGGAUAAAUGGAAGCAUUUUGCAAAUGUCAAUAUGAUGAUGCAAAAUCCCUAACCUUUAAGAAAAACAAGGGGUGAGUUUUAAGAUUACAGUCAGAAAACUUAACUGUAUUUAAUAAUCGAUACAAUACCGGUAGAGAGCUAAUGAGAGAGAGAGAAAACAUCUAAAUAAAUCUGAAAAACUGAGUUGGAAAAUAUAUUAAUAUAGAUUUAUUAUUUCAAAUACAAUUAUAGUUGGGAUAGCGGCAUAGAUCUGUUACUUAGAGAUGUAAAUGUUUUGAAUAAGAGCAGAUGUACUGAAUAUAUUUGGUUCACAGAACAGAGGAGGAGAAUAAUUUGCUCAUAACAAUGAACUUUUUUUGUUCCGUUUGUAAACUAGGGAAGAUUUUAAGAUGUUUAUCAGCAAUAAACAUUUUUAGUAGAUCUAACAGCUUUGCAACUUUU